AUCUAUGAAAUUACUUGAGUUUAUUUUGUGUCAGUGAAUAGCUUGAGUGUUGUGCUGGAGACGAUAAAGGCCGCUGAGUCCAGCUGUUCCUUGGUAGACAGCCUUAAGAGUUUAGUGAGUGUAACUGCAGGAAUGAAUCAGUUUUGAAGUACAGUAUAUGUACGUGUCUAGGCAGGAGGGGGGCAAGUUUACCCGCAUACAUUGAUCUGCAUAUCUUGAAGCCAAAGUUAAAUGUAAAACACCUCCAACCAAAUAAUCAAGGAUACUGUAUCUUUUCAUCGGCAGUCUUGGGGAAAAAAAAUCACUGCCUGGCAAGUUUUGAAAUAAGAACGCACUUUUGUGGCUGCUAAGAGAAUAUGUUGAAUUUUUAUAUGAAGUCAGUAGCCUGAAGUACAAAAAUGUCUUCUCUGGAAUUUGACCAUAGUAACAAGGAGGAUGAGAACUCUGUAUGUGAAAUAAUGAAUGUUAGUGAAGAUUCAGGAACUGAAGUGAAGGAUAAGGAGGAGCAUGAUGGAGGCUACUUUGAAGCCAUGAUGGAGCAAAAUACCGAGGAAAGUGAUGAAUCCAUAGAUUCAUUUGUGAGAAGGACAGAGAAGGAAAAUGAAGAGCGUAUCAAACGUGAGAACAUACAAGAGAAGAAAAAGGCUAUGAUUGUUGACACGUGUGUUUAUGCAUCAGGGGAAAGUAGCUGUAAUACAAAUGAGGACGUGAUAAAAGAUCUUAAGGGAACAACUUGUGAGGCACGAGAAGUAAUGUUUGAUGAUAUAGGUGUAGAAAUAAAGUUGAAGGAUAGACACAAAGAGAAGGAUGUAAUGGCAAGUGCUGGUGGUGGUGAGGAAGAGGAGGAGGAGGAGGAGGAGGAGGAGGAAGAGGAGGUGGAGGAGGAGGAAGAGGAGGAGGAGGAUGAGGAUGUUGAAGAUGAUGAUGAUUUGAUUACAGAUGAAGAAAAUGAAGAUAUGACAUGUGAAGAAAGAGAAAGUGGAGACAGGGCAGGAAUGAAAAAAGAUGAUGAUUUACUAACAGGUGAAGAAACAGAUGAAGAAACAGAUGAUGACAUGAUGGCAGGUGAAGAAACAGAUGAUGAUGAUGAUGAUAGUGAAGUAACAGAAGAUGGUGGAGUGGUUGAAGAAAUAGUAGAUGAAGUAGUGGCCUGUGAAGAAACGGAAGAGAAUGUGGAAGGUGAAGAUACAGACGAUGUAACAGAUGAAGAAAAUGAAGAUGCUCUAGCAGGUGAAGGAAAAGAAGUUUAUUUGGUAGAUGAUGAGAAGGAAUAUGUGUCAAUCAUUGAUAAGGAAUAUGCAUCAAGUAAAGCAGAUAAAGAUAAUUUGACAGGUGAAGACAAUGAAGAUGAUAUUGCAGGUGAAGAAAAUGAGGAUGAUAUGGUAGGUUUAGAAAUUGAAGAUGAUAUGGCAGGUGAAGACAUUGACGAUGAUAUGCCAGGUGCAGACAUUGACGAUGAUAUUGCAGGCGAAGACAAUGAAGAUGAUAUGGUAGGUUUAGAAUUUGAAGAUAAUAUGACAGGUGAAGACAAUGAAGAUAAUAUGCCAGGUGCAGACAUUGACUAUGAUAUUGCAGGCGAAGACAAUGACGAUGAUAUGGAAGGUUUAGAAUUUGAAGAUAAUAUGGCAGGUGACGACAACGAUGAUAUGCCAGGUGAAGAAAAUAAAGCGAUGAUUGAUAUCGUGGAAGAUAUGGCAAGUGAUAAGGAAGGCAACGUGUUAGUUGAUGAAAAAGAGAAGGUGACAUUCAAUGAGAAUGAGGUUGUGUCAGGUGAAAUAAGGGAAAUUGUGGCAGAUGAUGCAAGAGAACUUUUGGCAGAUGACGUGAGGAAAGUUGUGGUAGGCGACGUGAAGGAUGUAACGGCGAAUGAAAUAAACCAAGAUCUAGCCGGAAAGGAAACGGAAGCUGUGGCAGAGGAAUGUGUAUCAGAUGGAGCGAAGCAAGAUGUGACAGGUAAAGUAAAGCAAGAUGUAUCAGAUGGGGCAAAGCAAGAUGUGGCAGGUAAAGCAAAGCAAGAUGUAUCAGAUGGGGCAAAGCAAGAUGUGGCAGGUAAAGCAAAGCAAGAUGUAGCAGAGGAAGCAAAGCAAGAUGUGGCUGGUAAAGUAAAGCAAGAUGUAGCAGAGGAAGCAAAGCAAGAUGUGGCUGGUAAAGCAAAGCAAGAUGUAGCAGAUGGAGAAAAGCAAAAUGUAGCAGAGGAAGCAAAGCAAGAUGUAGCAGAGGAAGCAAAGCAAGAUGUAGCAGAGGAAGCAAAGCAAGAUGUGGCUGGUAAAGCAAAACAAGAUGUGGCUGGUAAAGCAAAACAAGAUGUAGGAGAUGGAGCAAAGCAGGAUGUGGCAGGUGAAACAAAGCAACACAUGACAGAUGAAGCAAAGCAAGAUGUGGCAGAUGAAGUAAAGGCGGCUGCAGAAGAAGAAGCAAAGGAAGAUAUGGAAAGUAAAGUAAAGGUAGAUAUGGCAAAUAAAGUAGAGGAAAAUGUGUCAAUUGAAAGACAUAAAGAUGCAUCAGACAAAGAAAAUAAAAAUCUUUUAGAUGAAAAACAAGAUAUAAAUAAAGAAAAGAAAGGAAUUGCAGAUGAGGUGAAGGAAGUUGAUGCAAAGGAAAAAGGAUUUGAUAGAAGAGUUGCCAUGGCAGAGGAAGAAAAUAAAGAUAGUGCUGUAAAACCUGGAAGAACGAGAAAUGACAUAUUGAAUAGCAAAGAAGCAAGGAAUGAGACAGCAUCUGCAGAAAGUAGGGAUAGUAUUGCAGUAGACAAUAUUGAUGAAAUGGCAGCAGAGGAAGAAUGUGAUAGAAUGGAGUGCGAUGAUUAUGAUGAUGAGGCUGAAGGUGAAGUCAAAGAUGAUGUGACAGAGAAUGAGAAUGUAGAAAUGGUUUCAUUGAUAUCGGGGGAAAGCAAGACCAAGUCUCUGCAUGAUGACUUUGCACACAAUAAACAUGCAAAUUCUAAACAGAGGUUACCUGGUCCGUCUGGUGGCCAUGAUAGAAGAAAAGAGGCUGAUAUUGAUAAAACUAAAAGCAACAAUCAAAUAAAGUCUAGUGAGGUGGGCAACAUUGGACCUAGGGCCCUUUCUGAACAUAAAGUUGAAUUUACUAAAGGUGUAAAUAAACAACCUAAAAGAAAUGGUGAUGAUGGACAGCAAAUUUUGCAUGAAGUUAAAUUAUCAACUACAAAAUGUGCAAGUCAAGGCGAUGCCGUAGAUUGCCAAGAUACAUUACCCACAAAACAUGUCAAAGAUGGAGAAGGCAAUAAAGAGGGCUCAAAAGUUGAGGAUGAUGGAGAGUCCCUGCACAGUCAUGAUGUCUUGGAAGUAAAUAUUUUGAACAGAGAGAAAAUAAUAGACAAGGCUCCAAAUAUGACCAGAUGUGGAUCUGAAGAUUUUCAAGAUUAUACACAAAAGGAAGUUUUGAAACACAAGCCUUCUGAUGCAAAGAAAGGUGAGAGAAAAAUAGCAGAAUGUAAUAAUGUGGUGAAACUUGAUUCAAAGACAUGUAAAAUAAUUAAAGACAAUAAAGUUGUAGAUGAGAAGGGUUGUGGGUUCAAGAGUACCUUAGUAGGAACUGUUGAAGAGGGAAGUCGGAAAGUUGUACAUACAAAUGUUGACAGACUGAAUAAUGCACAAACAAACAAAAAUGAAGAUGAAAAUGCUAAAUUUACUCAUACAAGUGAAUGUAAAAAAGAGUUUGACAGUGAUCAGAAAAUAGAUAAGAGUUUGAAAAGUUUUACUAGGACAAAAAUUCAUGUUCAUGAUGAAGGCGAGACUGAAGUUGAAACUGACCAGAAAUAUGACAAUACUGUUGAUCGUGCAGAUCAAGGUGGUGGUGGCGGCAUUAAGAACACAGUUUCAAACAUAGAAAGGGUAAAACGAAAAAUUGAGGAAAUCAUGGAAAUAUCAAAAGUUGAAGAGGAUGCUGCAAUAGAAGAGCUUCAUAAGAUGAAGAAAGAAAAAACAGAUAUAUUAAACAAAAUAUCUUUAGAAAUGGAAAAGCUGAAAACUGUUUUGACCAGAGGGAAGUUUGAGGAUCAGGAAAAAUGACAAACUUGAUUGCACAGAUACAGUUACAGGUGUACAUAAAAAUAUUAGAAAGUUCAAAUGGUGUAGUGGUAUCAUAUGAUACAAAACCCAAUGUUUUUAUGAUGAUUAGAUGUUUGCCUUGUAAAAUGUUGCAAUCUAUUCAUAAAUGAUCAGUUUCUUUCAAAAAGAAAGAAAGACAAUUCGCACAAUUUUCUAUACAGUAGUGUAUUAUUUAACUUGUUUCUCAUUAAGAGCAAUAUGAUCUUAAGUUGUCAAAUUAAAAGAUAAAAGGUUAUGUUUAGAAAGCCUUUACAAAAUUUCAACUGUACAGUAUAUCAAUAAUGGUAUAAUAAUAAGUGCAGAUAUUAAGAAAUUACUGUAUAUUGUGCUCCUAGAAGAAAGCUUAAAUGAACUUGAAGUCAUGUGAAUUAUGUAUUAUUUCUUCAAUUAGAAGUUGUGUCCAGUUGUAUACCUUGUGGAGAUGGUGACAAAUCUCUCAAUAACUGAAUUUAAUAAAGUUGUAUAUAUCUUAGGUUGAGAUGGUUAAUGUUAUUUUGGGUAAUUUUCAAGUGUUGAGCAUUGCUUGAUGACAAGGAAAUAACACAUGAUUUGUGUGACUUCAGAGUUGAUUUUUGUGUAUCAGCUGUCAUUUCAUUUCUACAUUAUUACUUUUGUUUUAUACAACAUUGGUAAGGGCUCUGGGGAAAUAUAAUCUUAAGUGAAGCAUUGUUUAACUAUUGUAAUGUAUGUCAUAUUGUUAAGUAUUAUAUACAUAGCUUGGUCUUUGCACACACAUUGUCUAAAGCAUAGUUAUUAGUAUCUCAAUGAUUGUGUACCAAAAUAAACAUGACUUUUGGAUACAGUAGUCUUGAAACAUUUUUAUGCAUCCACAAAUAGCAUUCUUAAAGUGUUUAAUUGCUACAUAUUAAAAUCGUUUUAUAUUUUAGAAAAUGUGAAUAAUGUGUAAAGUAGAACUUUUACAACAGUAGCUGCUAUAUGGCAAAAGAAAUAUAUGCUGUACUUUUAUGUUGGAUUAUACUCACUUUGUAUGUUUGUAUAUUUUAUUAUGAAUAUUUUCAAAACAAAAUUGCAUAACAAAUGAUCAUAGUUAAUGAGAUUUAAGGUAGAGAAGAUAGUGUUGGGCUUACACUAAGAAAACAUACAAGAUAUACGUAGUAUAACUUGUACUUGCAGAGUAUAACGAGAGCAAUGAUGCAAAAAUUUAUAACAUAAUUUUUUUUUUAAGAAAAUUUGAGUAAGAAUGUUUAUAACAUGCAUACUUACAUCAUAUUCUAGGUAAAAAUAAAUGUGUUUAGCCAUUGAUAUAAAGUGAAUUUCUAAAUGUAACUAGCGCAGCCAUUUGUGAACAAGUACCUAAGUAAUUUUGCAGGCCAGAGCUGGACAUGCAUGGAAAACAGAUAUGGAAAUAAAUGAAGGAAAGGAAUCGAGACUGGUUAAAAAAUAAAAUAAUUUGUGACGAGAAACAUAGACAAAGUGGUAUAUACAGUAAUAACUAUACUGUACAGAGUAAGAAAUAUGUUAAUAAAUCAUGACAAAUAAGCACAUCAAGAAAUUAGGUAUUUACACUCAUGGUAUGGAAUUGUGGUGUGGUUGGACAGUGACAAAUAGAGGUACUGGUUUUCUUUUUUCAACAGCAGUAUUGAGCACCAAUAACUUGCAUUUAUUCACUACAAUAGAUUUAUGGUGCAGAGCUAUAUAAUUAUUUGUAAACAGCAGGUGAUGGCCAUCAGUCUUGUGUUUACUCGGUAGUCAAUAUAAUGACUUGUAGUACUGUACUGUAUAUAUAAGAUACAGUACUUGAUGAAGUGAAGAUUGGGGUUGGGGUGUAUUGUAUUAAAUUUAUUGUAUGGCAUAUGUAUUUUUUAGAACUCCUGCAAUGGGCUUGAGCACUGUACAUAGGACAUCUUACAGAAAUCUCCAAGUCCAUAACACAGUAUAUAUGUAUGGUUGUUUGCUGCUACAGAACAAUCUGGUAUUGAAAACUCACUGUAGAGGUUAUAUAUUCUGUACUGUAGGGGUUAAGCAAUGUAAAUGUUGCAUUGCUGGUGUAAUUGAUGACUAUAUUCUAUUACCAACUCUGAUUAUAUGUGAAUCAUACAUUAGUGGCACUAAUUGAAAUUACUGUCCAGUACUUACAUUGAAAAAAAAUGUGUGGAUGUUUGUUACCUUUACUGUACCCAUAUGUAUACAAAGCUUAAUUAUAUUUUUGUAUAUAAGGUAUCUUUUUCUCAUAAUACUGGUCUACAAUAGAGAAUACUGAAUUGACUAUAACUUUGAGAAAUACAAUCUUUCAGAUAAUUGAAAGCAAAUAUUAGUUUGUUCAAAAGCAUACCGUGUGAGUUUCUAGUUGGCUUUAGUUACCCUGUGAAGACACGAUUUUGGUAACGUAUGAAGAAGAUAGCUUAAAUUACACAUGAAGGCAUUAGUGUGACAAGCACAGUGGCUGGCUUGUUACACAAGAUCAUUAAUAUUAUCUUAAGUAAAAAGAUUCCCCUUUUUUUUCUUCUGAAUGUUCUUUUAUCCCCACAUUUUGUAAGUUUUUUCCAUGAUUUGCUAAAAGAUUAAUAUUCCAUACUGCCCUUUUAGGGAUUACGUAUUUUCCUUUAAACUUAAAUGUACUCUCUCUGGCUGAGACGAGUGUUGGAUAGGUGUGUGUGUGAAUUUUGCAUAAGAUAAUAGGGUACUGUACUGUACUUUAUAUUAUUGUAAGUCAUGAUGUAAACAUGGUGGUUCUGCCUGGAAAUGAGAGAUCUAUGAAGGAUUAUUGAACAUUUUGUGAAUGUAGUGUACAUGUGAAAUCAAAGUGUAUUUAGUAUUGGAAUCUGUUGGAGUUUAAAUGCCUAGAAUGUGGGAUGUACAAACUAAGAGUUUGUGCAAGUUGAAAAAAUCAGUGGAAGGAAAAGGUGAAUGUUUUAAUGAAAGUCCAGACGAAGAAGAGCAGAAUAACAAGAAAGGAUAUAUCGAGCGAGCUGAAUGAUGCAGGUGGUCCCACUGGUGUGGCACUCCGAGCGUUAGGGUAGCAGAGAUGAAUAAUAUAAGGGGCAUGUGU